AUGACUAACAUGAUUGUGAAAGGUUGUUUCAUUAUUUUGAGCUUUGUUGGGAUAGUCUCAGCUCAAUUAUCAUCUGAUUUUUACUCAACAACUUGUCCUACUGCGCUUUCUAUCGUUAAGGCAGGGGUAACUACUGCUGUGUUAGCAGACAAACGCAUGGGCGCAUCACUGCUUCGUCUUUUUUUCCAUGAUUGUUUUGUUCAGGGUUGCGAUGCAUCAGUACUAUUAGACGACACAUCAAGUUUCAGAGGUGAAAAAACAGCAACCCAAAAUGCUGGUUCCUUGAGGGGUUUUGAUGUAAUUGAUACCAUAAAAUCUCAACUUGAAAUUUCAUGUCCUAAUGUUUUCUCUUGUGCUGAUAUCCUCGCUGUAGCCGCAAGAGAUUCCGUUGUUGCACUGGGUGGAUCUGGUUGGACUGUGCAAUUGGGUAGAAGAGACUCAACCACAGCUAGUUUAGAUUCUGCCAAUUCAGAUUUACCUGCUCCUGAUUCAGAUCUUAGCACUCUUAUUGCUUCUUUUGUCAAGAAAGGUUUCACUACCAUCGAUAUGGUUACUUUAUCAGGAGGUCACACAAUUGGUAAAGCUCGCUGUAAAUCCUUCCGAGACAGGAUUUACAACGAGGACAACAUAGAUUCGACAUUUGCAUCAUCAUUGAAAGCUAGUUGUCCUACCACAGGCAGUGACGACGAUUUGUCACUUCUUGACACUGCCGCAUCAGACACAUUCGAUAAUUCUUAUUUUAAGAACUUGCAAAACAAAAAGGGUCUGUUACACUCAGAUCAACAACUUUUCAAUGGUGGUUCAACGGAUUCUCAAGUUAAUUCUUAUGUUAAUAAUCCUGCAAGUUUUCUAAAUGAUUUUGCCAAUGCGAUGAUCAAAUUGGGAAGCCUUAGUCCACUCACUGGGUCUAGUGGUCAGAUAAGGCAGAAGUGCAGGUUCGUCAAUUAA